AAAAAUUCCACAGGUUUUUAUUUUAUUUUAUUGGCAGACCAGGCCGGAGUUUGACUGGUCGCAGACGAUGGUCGGUGUGCUGUUCGGAUGUUAUUAUUGGGGCUACGUUGCGACGAAGCUGAUUGGAGGAUACCUGUUCGACCGUUACUCUUCUGUGCGUAUCCUGGAAGGCUGCAUCUUCCUCGGUGCCGUGAUUCACAUCGCCCAGCCGCCCGCCGCCCGACUGCACGUGUCCGCCUUCAUCAUCUCACUCAUCAUGCAGGGGCUGGUGGAGAGCAUGACUAUACCCGCUGCCUAUGCCGUGAUGGGGGCCUGGGUAAUACGUACUGAAAACAACCAGGGAACGCCCUUCACACUUCUAGGGAUCACAAACUGUCAGUACAUUGGCAUGUUCCUGGGUGCGUGUGCCACGGGGGCUAUCACAGAGAAGCUUGGAUGGGCUGCGUCCUUCUAUAUCUUUGGAAUGGUUGGUAUCGCAUGGGGCGUCAUCGCUGACGUGUCCAUCCGGGACCUUUCGUUAGAAAGGCCCCCUAAGGACCAGGAAGACGCUAACUUUUUACAGGACAGCCAGGAUGGCCACAGCAGCAACCAAGGAGCUGCGUCUUCUCAGACGCAGACAACGUUGCGCCCGCCGAUACCGUGGACGCGCAUGCUCACAUCCCCUGCAGUUCACGUCAUCAUGCUCUGCCAGGCGAGCCUUCAGUGUGCCUCCCACCUCAUGACGACAUACGCACCGCUGUACUACGUACACAGCUUCCACAGGGACGUCAAAACUAUCGGCACGUCUACAGGCGUCUCAGGGUUGAUCGUGGCUGGAGUUCUAUCUGUGGCCGGCAGUAUGGCGGGCUCCUGCUACAAGUACAAGAGGAGCAACAGGUCCACCGUACGGGUCAACACAAUCGGCUUCUUUGGCUUGGCCGGCAGUUACAUACUCCUGGCGGUGUGCACUAAUUUUUCAAGGUCGCUCCUAAGUUUCUUUCUCGCCGGGGUGUUCGCCGCGACAGCUAUGUGUGGGGGAUUUGCACUGAGCCCUCUGGACAUCGCUCCAAACUUUGCUGCUGAAAUAAAAGGGAUUUCUACUGCAGUUUCCCAUCUUGUCGGGUCCAUUUUCGUCGUUGUUGUUGGCUUGAUGACUAAAUGCAAAACUCGGAACGAAUGGUCUCUCGUCUUCACAGUGACGGCCUGUGCCCUUGUCGUGGCCGCCAUCCUGUUUAUAAUCUUCGGGAGUGGGGAGGAGCAAUCCUGGGCACGAGAUGAGUCACAUGAGAAGAUCCUGACCUGUACCACACCGGCCGGGCCACACGUGAAGGCUAUCUUCACAAGGACCAUACUCCCUGUUCAACACCCGCUGGAGGAAGACUACAUGGAUAACUUAAGACAUUCUGAUGAAGGAGAAGAAGAAUACCUCGAAGAAGAUACUAUUGCAACGGCUAAUCUUUUGGCAGACAGAAAAUAGUGCUAAGUCAUAUUGAUGUGUGGGUUUGAAUUUGAAUAAUUAAUCUCGUUUUAAAGAUAUAUGAGGCUGAGUCAGGGAGUAAUACCUUAAGUAUUUUAGCAGGCUCAAUUUUGCAUGAAAAGUUGAAA